AUGACCGAAAAUACUCCCACAUUCCACCACCUCAACAACUCUCAAUCCCAACGAAUCUUCUGGCUCCUCGAAGAACUAAACACCCCCUACACCCUCCAACUACACACCCGCAACCCCUCCACCGACCCCAAAGCGGCCUUCCUCGCGCCCCCCUCUCUCCAAUCCACCGGUCCCUACGGCAAAGCCCCACUCCUCAUCACCGGUCCCCAAGACCACUCCCGCUAUAUCCCGGAAUCCCUCGCCAUCGCCACCUAUUUGAUCCGCACCUUUGAUACCGACGAUAAAUUCGGUCUCCGAAAUGGCGAUUGGGUACGCGAUGAAGUACUCCUCAGUAUUAUCCUGACCGAUCUUGGACGGGCGACGGGUAUGAUGCUCAUGCUUGAUUUCAACGCGGUAGCCAAUGGAGUGGGACUGAUGGGGAAGAGGUUUGAUGGACCGGCGUUGAGGAAUGUAUUGGGGGAUUUGGAGAGGGAAUUGAAGGAGGGGCCCGAGGGAGGGUUUUUCAUGGGGAAGAAUCUGGGUAGAGCGGAUAUUAUGUUGGAGUUUCCAAUGGCGAUGGUGAAGCAGAGGAACUGGGUGGAUUUGGAAAAGGAGUUUCCGGCGCUGAAUGCUUGGUUGGAAAAGUGCUAUGAGAGACCUGCGUGGAAGAGGUGUAUUGAAAAGGGGAAUGGGUAUGAUUUGACUACUUUUCCUCAGAAGGAACAUCUACAGGCGCAUUUGUAG